GUCGUGAUUUUCAUUUUCUCGUGUCAUUCUCUUGAAGAGAGGAAAUGGUUGUAGUGGAACGUGUUACAAAUAAGCCACUGAUACGGAGCCUUUGCAGUUCAGAAACGUUCAUAGAGGAGCAAAUUUAGCCCUUUUCUGUUUGUGUUCUGCAACCUGCCCGGGCAAGAAGGGAACUAAAAAUGACGACUUCGUCUAUCAGACGGCAGAUGAAGAACAUUGUGAACAAUUACUCAGAGGCCGAAAUAAAAGUUCGGGAAGCGACCUCUAAUGACCCCUGGGGUCCUUCCAGUUCGUUAAUGACUGAAAUAGCAGAUCUGACUUACAAUGUUGUGGCCUUUUCUGAAAUUAUGAGCAUGAUCUGGAAACGGCUCAACGACCACGGCAAGAACUGGCGACACGUGUACAAGGCCCUGACGCUCUUAGAUUACCUGAUCAAAACCGGCUCCGAGAGGGUGGCCCAGCAGUGUAAGGAGAACAUUUUUGCCAUCCAGACGUUGAAAGAUUUCCAGUACAUCGAUCGAGAUGGCAAAGACCAGGGCAUCAACGUGAGGGAGAAGUCCAAGCAGCUGGUGUCGCUCCUGAAGGACGACGAGCGGCUCAAGACGGAGAGGGCCCAGGCCCUGAAGACCAAAGAACGCAUGGCCCAGGUGGCCACUGGAGUGGGCAGCAACCAGAUCACCUUUGGCCGAGGCUCCAGUCAGCCCAACCUGUCCACCAGCUACUCAGAGCAGGAGUAUGGAAAGUCUGGAGGAUCCCCAGCCUCUUACCAUGGCUCGACGUCCCCUCGAGUUUCCUCGGAGCUCGAGCAGGCCCGGCCUCAGACGAGCGGGGAGGAGGAGCUGCAGCUGCAGCUGGCGCUGGCCAUGAGCCGGGAGGUGGCGGAGCAGGAGGAGCGCCUCAGACGCGGAGAUGAUCUGAGAUUACAGAUGGCUCUGGAGGAGAGUCGCAGAGACACAAUUAAAAUUCCCAAAAAGAAGGAGCACACCACUUUGUUGGACCUGAUGGAUGCCCUGCCCUCCUCGGCACCGGCCCCGCCGAAAACGGAGCCGUGGGGACCUCCCGCUGUUGCAAACCAAACUGAUCCCUGGGGAGGAUCCACAGUUGCAGCUCCUGCCUCUGACCCGUGGCAAUCAUUUGGUAAGGAGACAACUGCCAGGAGGAAUGUUGUUUAAAGGGUUUUGCUUUUU